CGAUAUUUCGUUGGAACUGUUGCGACUUGCGAAGUCAACGUUUGUUCGUGUACAUUACAUGCACAGCGAAUAUUGAUGCGGCAGUCGAAUACUGGUAAAAUGUAUCGAUAAAUUCGACUGUGCUCGUUACUUUCGUUUCGUUCUCUUUACAAAUAAAAAACAGACGUACAAAUUUGUCAUGUCUCUCGGUUCAUGUUGGAAAUAGUGUUCGAGUUUUGUUUUGUGAAAUAUGUCUUCGAUUCGCGUAUUUUUUUGGGUUAGUUUUCACGAUUCUUACUUGUGUAGUCUUUGAAUUUUUUUACAACUUUAAUCACUCGGAAAAUCAUCGGAAGUUUUUGCGUGUUAGUGAUUUUUCAACUGCAUAUUCUUGAGUUUCACACAGAUAUACCUACUUUGAAAUUGGUCCUAAAAAUUAUUCUGAAAAUAGGAAGAAGUCAUGGAUUCGACGCGAUUAAAAAUACAGCUAAUCAGCAGCUGGCAUUCGUGAAGUGAACGUGUUGGUUGGUUGCGAAAAAGUGAACAUGAUAAACGAAGAAACCAUACCAGAAGACAUUACUGAUGUGGAAAAUAAAAAUGUUGUAAACGAAGAUACUUCCAGUAAUGGUGUCGUAAUCGAUCCAGUUUCUUGGUCAACCGAAGAAUUGCACAUUUCCGCCGAAGAUACGUCAUCGCAGAGUUCAAGCUCGAAAGAAAAUAGUGUCAACGAAAUCACAUUGUUGGUUGAGAAUUUAACCGCUGAGAGCGAUCAUUUUGAAAAAAUAUCCACCGAAACGGUCGACAUAGAAUUACUACCGCAAACCAUCGAUAACGAAUGUAACCUAUGCUACGAGAAACAGUCGCCGGACGAAAAUUCGAACAUAAGUAAUAAUCAAAUAAUCGACGAUACUGUGAAUUUACCCGCGAAUGAAACCAAUAAAUGGGGUGAAAAUAAAAGAAGACAAUCGCUAAUGAUGAAAAAUGCUUUAAAAAAUAGUCUCGAUGCUUCUGCGAUAGAAAUUUUAAAAGGCAAUAUGAAAGAUUUGAUUAAAAAUUCGACCAACGAUUAUAAAAAUUGCCUGACUUCCGAGUCGCCGGAUAACGAUAUGUACGCUUGGGCAUCGUCCUGCGCUAAUUUGAAUCCUACCGGGCCUAGAUUCAAACUGCUUAAAGAAGGAGAUAUUCAAGUGUGUUACUUGGAUCAUACCAGAACAGUUCUUAGCAAGAUUUUAAGUUUCAAAUUUUUACGUCACUUCGAACUUCAUCGUCUGUAUUUGAACGAGUCGAGAAUUUCACCUAAAAACCCAACCAGAAUGAUGGAAUCAGCGAUAGAUUAUAAUGAUAUUCAUGAAGUGUAUGUAUUCUCAAGAUGGGACACAGGGCAGAAGUAUUUUCUUAGAAUAAUUGUCUCCGAAGGUUCAUAUUUGUUACAGGCGAAUAAUUCGUAUACCAGAAAUCAAUGGUAUUUUUCUAUUCUUUGGAAAAAGCACAUGUUCAAAUAUCGUAAUAUUCUGAGAGGGUCAUCGAAUAUCGAAAUCAUUUUGAAAGAGUUGAAGAAUUUUGUGGAAUUUGUUAAAACAACGCCAAUUCAAGAUCAUGAAGUGUAUAAUACGCCGAUUGAAAUAAUAUCAAAGCUGCUUCGUGAGUUAUUCGAGCAAGAUUUAGAACAAAACUGGAGAGAAAGCUUAAUUGUGCAUAUAUCUCCAUUGUUAGAACGUUAUCGACCAUCUUCGGAAAUGUGUCAAUUAUUUUCCGACCACUGUCGCAUGUAUCCUAGAUCAUUCUCAGUUCAAGAAGCAUUUAAUACUUCAGUUCACCAUAUACUAAUUCACAAUGUGGAUUUCGCAAAAUAUCCAUUUUUGAGAAAAUUGCUGCAAGAUUAUAUUAAAGCCUUGAGUUAUCACAACGAUGCUGAUGAAGCAUUAAAAUUGUUCGUUGCUAGGAGCCAUGGUUCAAAUUACGAAUGCCCUCAUCCAAGAGUGAUGCCCAAUUUAGCGUCUAGUUGCUUAGCUGCCAUCGUAUGCUGCUUCGAGGAAUGUAAUAUACCCGACGAUAAUCUGAAAAAUAUCAAGAAUUGUUUGCACGAAGAAGAGUUCGAAGAUCCUAUUGAUACAUAUAAAUGUUUUCUUACAGUCUUACAGUACAUGUCCGAGUAUAAUGACUGGUUGCCAGGAUUGGCAAAUAUGCUGCAACCGAUCCCGAUUCACGGCCGAUCUCUCAAUUGUGAAUACUUUGUUAGGAACAUGGGAAGUAUUUUGGAAAAAAUAGCAAAAGAUUCUCGUUGUAACACUCAUUCUCAAGUUAUCGGACCACGAGUGGAAAAGGAUGGAUGGUUUGAUAUAUACUGCCCCGUAAAUACAAUUUGUAACGACGAUGGACGACUAUGGAGUUUGAUGGUCGAUAAAUUAUUGAACUGCUGCAACAAAAGAAAAUCAUUUUUAUUAAAAUUAUACGAAAAACAAUUAGAAGCUUGUUUGCUGCUAGCUUUACGAGGAAAUUCGGCUUGCCAAAUGGCUUUAUGUUUAAUGUUAGAGUGGAAUCUAGUCAAAGAAUGUGAUCAACAGGUUCAGAUCACUGCUACUUUACAAUCCACCGAAAGUGGACUAAUACAGUAUAACAUGUUGUGUAAAAGACAACAACAUCUGAAGAAAAUUCAACAAAAAGGUGGUCCUGCGAAAUUGACUUUGCCUUGUCGUUCGACGGACAAUGAUUUAUUCCAAUUAUUCAGCAAUGGCUCUUUUGGAAAUUUAGAACGAUUGACGCUGGCAUUUACUCAUACAACAAGCGCUUGCGCCGAAACGCUUAUUAAACUGCCGUCUUUAAAAUAUUUAAACUUAUGGGCGACUCAGUUUGGUGAUGAAGGUCUUAUCGUCAUAUCAGAACAUUUAACCAAUUUACAAGCAUUGAAUUUAUGCGAAACUCCGAUCACAGAUAAAGGAAUUUCUUCAUUGACUACAUUAACAAAUUUAAAGUGGCUCAAUUUGAAUAGCACAAAAUUGUCGUCUUCGAUGCUUGAAAUUUUGAGAAAAAAACUUCCUCAUCUAAAUGAGUUAGAUGUUCGUUACACCGAAGCUUGGUGAAAGGCGUUCCAACUCGUGAUAAUUACCUAUCUAUUUCAAAUGAAAUCUUAUAUAGACUGACGAAAAAAUACUGAAAGAAAAACAGUUUUUUGUACAUGUAUAUUUUACUUCAUCUUCGAAAUUUGACUUAUAAUAAAUCUCUUUAUCGUUUUAAUUUAGUUUUAUCUACGCGCCAUCGUUGUCGUUAUUGCGCCAUAUAAUUAAAUGAAGGAAUAGUACCUAUAUUGUUGCUGUAUCUAUUCGUUUUAUUGAUUUACGAGCUCAUUCUAUAUCAAUUUCACGUGAAACGUUUCAGUGUUCAACUGUUCAUCUAUAAUAUUUAUUUAUAAUAAAGUUUUCGAAUUUUCAACUUUUUUAAAAAAAUUAUUAUUAUUUACUAUUAUCAUUAUUUUAUUUUCCAACUGCCAUAAUUUUUUAAUUUGUUAUCACUGUUGUUAUUAUUUCACGCUACAUUGAGAGUAUAAUAGUACAUAUUAUAUUUAAAUGAAUUAUUUUAGGUUUUUGCGUUCUUAUUAUGCAUUUGAUUCAAAUUCUGAAGACCGUUGGGUGGCUAAUUAUACCGUUUCUUCUUGAAGUAGUAGACAUAAUACUUACUUUUAAUAUUUUUAAACACAUGUUAUACCCAAAUACCUACUGCGUGUAAACUUGUUGAAAAAGACUUAUAACUUGAUGAUAAAUAUCUUGCAUUUUUUAAAAAUUUUAUGCAAAGGUAGGUAGGAUUUAUAAAGUGUUGCAGAUAAGUAAAAAUAAAUAGGUAUUCCGAAAUUUUCAACUUCUUUUAAAGUUUAAAAAAAUAUUAAUAGCACUAUUUAAAAUGUCAUAAUAUAUUAUUCUUUGAGCUCUCGCGAGAUUGCCUAAUUAAUGUAGAAUUACAAAUGAGGAAAAUCAGUAUGAGUCUAUGCAUGAAUGUAAGUAGAGGAUAGGUACAUGUAUUUAUUUAUUUACCCUUACACGUUGUUAUAAUUUCUGCCUAACUGUCUUUCAUUAAUUUCAAUUAUUUGUUGUGAUCAUUAAAUCAAAAUACGAACGGA